UUUGGCGUCCUUUUUGGUUUCUGCGCCUAGCUGAGCGUCGCUCCGGAAAUUGUUGAAUUUAAUUUGAUCUAAAAAAGGAAAAAUAAUCGCAAUGCCCCGCGUAAAAAAGUUCGAUAUAAAUGCAUAUUCACUCAAAGACCAAAUUACGGUCUAUGAAGCAGUCACCACUAUGCUAAAUAGCCCGGAUAUCCUUGCCGAAUGCUAUCCUGACGGAGGGUUAAAACUAAUGGAGGUGAGAAGAAAGCUUAAGAAGGCAAUCAUUGCCAAGAACAAUGCGAUACACCCUAAAACCAGGAUCAAUCUCAUGGAGCUGACGGUGAAUUAUUCGCUUCCCAACCACGGAAAACGCUGUGAGUGUAGCAAUGAACUGGCCCGAGAAUUAUUUAAGACCAUAUUGAAGCCCAAUUCUGGCUUCUUCGGGUUUUCUCUGCUGAAGUCCGCUUUUGAGGACUUCGACCUAGAGGACUUGAUCCACAGAUUUGUGGCGGGACGCAUAUUCGCAGGCAUAUUCUACGGUGUGGCCUUCCUCUUCUACAUGUUUUGCAUUUAUUUGAUAAUCCGUUGGUGGAGGUUAAUUUACGGCCUUGAUUCCAUUUGAUUAGAAAUCAAUGUAUGCUGUUUAGAUUAUCUUAAUUGUUUAAUAAUAAUCAUUGUUAUAAGUUUGUUUAUUUGUUUGUUAAGAUCUGGGUUUUCAGGCUAUAUUAAUGAUUCAAUUUAAUAAAUAUUAAUCACAGACA